UCCCACGGACACGGACGAGGCACUCUAAGCCGACGCGACGGCUCCUUGCUUGGGCUCACGCACAUCCCACCUCAACCCACCCAACUACUCUGUGUUUCCGGUAGCGGCUAACACUCUACUUCCACCAUGCUGCCCAUCAACGGCAAUGGCUCGCAUGCGACUAUCGCCGGGCCGGAUCAGGUGCGCGACGCUAUAGCAACGAACAGAAAUAACCAGUACAACUAUUCUAGCAACGACGACUCGCAGGGCACGACAGGGACACACGAGAGCGAUCGCGUCUUUACCCCCCCGGGAAGCGACAGCGGUGCAAGCAGCGGUCCUGUGCAGGGCAUUGGGAACUCUAACUCGUCAAGUCAAGAGUCGCAGUUGCUACAAUUGUCGCAGCUUGCUGCUGCCCAAGAGAAACUGGCCGAUAAUGGCCAGGCAAGGAAAAGAAUGGCAGACGGCGCGGUGAAAUAUACCAGAGACAGCUUGAGUACUUCUCCAGUCCGCAAGCCUGGUCACUCAAGGAACACCAGCGCCGUGAGUGUGGCUUCAACCACUGGUAGUCGCAUUGGAGAUCUCUCCGCUGAGCUCAAGACAAAACUGUCAUAUGCUAUGAUCAAGGUCAACAAUGGCUGGCAAGGUCACUCUAUCGACCAAGUAGAAUCGUUGGCGUCACAAGUUGCCUCUCCCGCGUCGAGCACGUCAACUGUACAUGGCCGAUAUGGCCUAAAUGCAAGUCCACGAGUCACAUUGACAGCUAUGCGCCAAGGGAUACAGAGUGCAGGUAUCAGUCCCGUGAGUCAACAGCCGCCUCAAGGACGCGCUUAUGAGUCGGGUUGGAGGGAAAACAAUACCAGACCCCAACAUCAUUCCGCCUCGCCGCCAUCCAUGUCCAACGUUCCUAUGCUGGCCCCUCCGGCAACUAUUCAACCAGGACGAUCUGCAUAUUCCAACUCGCGCCGUAAUUCGAAUGCCAGAUAUGUUCCGGCUUAUCUCUCAAGCCAAGCUUCACCUCAUACACCGGGGCAACCAAGUCCGCUCCAGAGCACUCCCGGAGCGAUUAAUGUUAGGGAUCCUAUACUGUUCUCACCUCACCAGAACGUCAGAGAACAGGAGGCAUUGGAGACCCUCCUGUUCAUGAGCAGUCCGGGGAACUCGGCAAACAUGAAACAUGCGUUCUCCCCCUUGACGCAGAACGGACCUAGCAAUGCUCAAACUCAUCCCAGAACAGCGCUGCCCACGUCCAGAUUGGCACCAAACAGUCAGUCACGUAAGAACCUGCCGACAAUAAGGCAUCAGGCUCAUGGAUCCAUUGGCAAACGCGUCGUGUUCGACAAGUCACCGACCAACGUCAGCGAUAUGGAUGUCGACGAUCAUUAUGGGUCACCUCGAGGAACCCCGCGUCGGAAAACCAUCGGUGGACACCGACCGUCUUUGUCCGUCCCAGCUGGUAUCAACGCACCUCCGAGGCCUCGACAGGAGCUACAAGAUACUGACAUCGAGCGAAUGCUUGAUCGGGUAGCUGCAGAUGACAGCUCGGACUCGGAGGGUGAGAUCACCAUGCCGAAAUCCCGAUCUCAAUCCCAAAGGCGAGAAGGACCACCAGCUAUUGGGGCUCGAUGAUUUUGAUUGCGUGCCAUACAGCCUUAUCACAGCAUCAACUUGAGGCGUACCUGUUUUCUUGUCCGGGAAGUUUGACGAUUA